AUGACGUUCCUAAAUAAAGAGCUGGGUCUGGGAAGGUGCGAUGCUGUCGAGACUGACGCCUCACGUACUACUUUCCCAUACUUCGAUUCAUCUCCGAGAAUUGGACCAUCUCCGCAAGAUAAUAACAAACCACAACUUCCAUCGAUCGAUCGCCUCCCAUCAAGCCAUCUUUCACAAACCAACCGUCUCACCAAGCCGUCUUCCGGAGCUUCCAUCAUCUCUCUUCCAAAUGAGAUCCUCGACCUCAUAUUCCGUAACCAAACCUCGGAUGAAGAAGGCACAUGUGUCGACGUCCUUGAUCAUUUUGAUAUCCUCACUGUUCGUCUUACAUGUAAGACUCUAUUCUCUUGGGCAACUCGGGAGUACGCUCGUCGUCGGUUGUGUCCCUCGGAAGUCUGGAUGAUGGAAAGGAAAUGGUUCACACCCGAUCUACCAGACCUCUGUCAAAGUAUGCGGCAGUACAUCGAUUAUGACGCUAUGUGGGACAUCAAGAUCGAGGUCUAUAUGGAUCUCUACAAUCACAUGCUGCCUAUGCAUCAAGCCGAGGUGCAUCGGUUGAUUGGCAUGGCGGAUUGA